AUGACAGCAAGCUACUUCCGGAGAAACGAGACAAACGGUGACCCAUCCAGACUGUUAGUUGCAGCUACUGUCAAUAGGAAUAGCGACAACAAUACUGUCGAAAGUGUUGAUCAUGGUCAUGCAAUUUACUCACUUCUACUGUCAUCAUUUGCCAGUGAACUGAGUAAACAUCAACAAAGAGUGUUCACGGCGCUUUUAUUUUAUACAAAAGUGCAUGGCGCUGCAAACAAGGCAAACACAACUAUGCUUCCACUUCGUGUCCCAGAAGAGCCAAAGGUACUCCGGAAACUAGUCACUGAUGGUACCAAAUCCAUUCGAGACGUUCUUUCCCGACCAACAAUCGAAAUCCUGGGUAUCUCUGGUUAUGUCUACGUUUCCAUCCAGGAAAUCGUCCAGUACCGGUACCAUUUGGCAAACCGGAAACGGCUGGAAGCACUCGUGGACCUUCCCUACAGUGCUGCUGUUCGGACCCUCCAUGGAUCCUCACCACGCGAAAAGAAACUCGCAGCGUGGUGUUCCGAGGAUUCCAAAGAUGCUAUUCCGGUUGAAGUCGUCUUGUGGUCGGAUGACUUUGAUCCCAACAAUACCAAAAAAAACAAGGGAUCAGCCCAUUGUACCUUCGCUUCCAUCGGCACACCACAAGACGACUACCAUUCUGGAUGCAACACUUAUCUUCUUUCUCUGGGACCAAGCAGCGGAGACGAACGCGCUGUCAAAUCAAAGAUAGCAGAAGAACUCAUAAGACUUUCGCAUCCCACAAGUUUCUACUGGCCUGUUAUGGCUCGAAAGGUAAACACAAAAUAG